AUGCCUAUGCCAUUGCAAUCAACAAAAUUUAAUUUCGAACACCAGACAAAUGUUAGCUCUAGUCAAUUCCGUCCAUUAAUGGCCUCCAGUCUAGAAGCAUCUAAACCGCAAACCAAUGCAAAGCUUUCAGCAGGCGUUCAUAUUUUCUCCCUGCCUAUUCGGCGAAUACGCGGACUAGCAACGGCUCUUAAUAGACAAACGUCUUGUGAGUAUAUUUUUGAGACCGUUGGACGAAUCAUUGAAGAAGAAACGCCAUUUAAAAACGUUUCUUGUGGCAUUGCGUUUCGACUUGAGGAGUAUAACGGUCAAGCUAGAGGCCUUCACCUUAAGUGCAUCUUUGUCGAUAUGGAGGAUAUUAAUCCCACGAUACACUACAAUGGUGUUUACAGAUGUGUCGGAAAGUUCUCCAUUCAACACGGAACCUUCCAGUGCUACUCAGUUGCUCCCUGCGAUGAAACAGAUCUGCAGCUCCAAGAAAUAUUUCAAAUGUUCUCAGACAAUGUCAUUGCCCAAAUGUUGUCACGAAAUUAA